UACCUACACACCAUGUCUUUAAAUGGUUUUGACAGUUAUGAUGAAUAUUUUAGCGCUUGUUGCAAAUUCCUAGGGGAUAAUGAGUGGAUCUUUAACUAUCCUGUGACGGAAAUAUUGGUUCAAGACAUUCCGUCGCUCGUCCCGGAUUCUUGGAUUCAUGCUCUGUCUAGUUUAAGUGAGGAGGAAUUCAAAACUUUCCCAGUGUAUCUAGUCAAGGAAGAUUGGCCAGCAUCUCUGAUUGCAUUUUGUCAAUGGAGCAAAAAGUUAAAACUGAAACCUGAAAUUUUCAAUCCAUCAGAGAAAUUAGAGCUACCUGAAAUUAUCAAAGCAGGUGUGACACCUAAAAAAACUCACGAAGUUGACAAUUUAGUCCCUUUCAUUCAUUCUCUCUGCUCAGAUCACAGUAUUAAUAGGAUAGUCGACAUAGGCUCUGGUUUGGGAUACUUGGAUUUAUUUUUAUACGUCAAAUAUGGCCACACAAUUUUGGGAGUGGAAUCAGGGAAAAAACUUGUAGAAACAUCAACUUCCAGGUUUCAAAAAGUGAAAGCUGCUCUACCCCCAAACCAUGUUGGUGAGAUAAAGUACAUAGAGAGCUUUGUUAAUCCCGAGUCAAUCAAUUCCUUAAGCCACAAGAUAACUACAUUUUUCUCUGAAAGAUCUGAUGAAAAUGAUUUUAUCAGCAAAUCGAAGGAAAAAUCCCAAAUCAAUUUUACGGAUGUUGCUCUGGAAAAAUCUAUAGCAAGCAUUUCAAAUCAAAAUUUUACUGAAAAACUUUCGUUGAGUGACUCUGUCAAGCACACUGGCAAAAAACAAGUAGAAUAUUCAGAUUGUGCCAAAACAAAUGGAGUCUGUCUAGUCGGACUACAUACCUGCGGAGAUUUAUGCAUUGAUAGCCUUAAUUUGUUCAUGAGUACAGAUUGCUGUAAACUUUGUGUCUUACUAGCCUGUUGCUAUCACAAAAUGACAGGGCAAACUCCAAAUGGCACAAAUAACAUUGCCUCCAGUAUACCUCCGUCAAACUCUUUCAGAAAUUUUCCCUUAUCAUCCGCAUUGAAGCAGUCAGCAUCUAACUAUCCAUCUGCAAGUUCUUUUCUGCAAAUCCCAUUUUUACGUUUGGCGGCUAAUGAGACUGCAGAUCGGUGGUUCCAUAUGUCAGCAGAGAAACAUGCUAGUCAGUUGUUUCACACCAUGGCCAGGGCUGUGAUCCAGUUAUAUCUCCAUCAAAAUCACCUCUCCACAAAGAAAACCAAACGUCGAUGUGUCACAAAAAUCCCAACAAACGAUUUCAAAGCAUAUGUUACAAGUUUUCUAUCUCGCUACCAUAUUUUUACCGAAUCUGGAGAAACCUUUCAUCCAAACUCAACCAUAAUUGCAGCCAUUUUGGACCUCUGGGAAAAAUUCAAGCCAAAAAAGAAGGUUAUCUCAAUUUUGUUAUGUCUUCAAGCAAAUAUUCAGUUUGUCGCCGAGAGCUUAAUUGUUGCUGAUAGGGUCAAAUACUUACUAGAGCGGAAUGCCAAAGAAGUCAGAGUAGUCAGGGUCAUGGAUGAUUCAGUUUCCCCCAGAGCGCUAGCAUUAUGUGUUCAUAAAUAAAAAAUAAUUACCUUCAUCAAAAGUUUGUAAUUUUUUUUUUUUAUUGGUUAUUUUACACUUUUGAAGUCUUUAAAGCUGAUGAUUACUAUGAAAAACAAUCAGAUGUCAACAAUUAAAUCUUUGAAAUGAAACAAUAUUUUGAAAAGGGUUGGGUAGUUGAUAAUAAUUGAAUUGAAUUUUUCCUGUCUUUAGAUCGAGAACUAUUCUAAGCACAGUUCUCUCUCCCUUUUCAGCGGCCAUCUUCGCAUUGGAAAACUCUCUUUAACUGAUAAAUCCACUGGCCCCCUCCCAUACAAAAUACAUGUAUUUUUCUUUCUGUUUACUGGAUUUCACUCUCUACUAAAUGAAUUUUCUAGUCCUUUGAUUGAAAGAGAGAGAGAGGGUAUGCAGAGAGUGAGAGUAAUGUAUGUCUUUCAAAGCAAAGCUAGAAAAAUCAUUGCUUCUAACAAAGGGUGCAACAAAUAAUCGAAAUUUUUCGCUACCAUAAUAGACAAGAGAAAUUAAAAUCUAUACAGUAAGUAGGACUUUCACAUUCAGUGCAAAUCUUAUUUACACACAGAUUUGGAAAUUUGAAUCAAAUUUUGGGUCUCAUUAUGAGGGAACUAUGACUUCUUUAAAUUCUGUACUUUUAGGGAAUAUUUUUAAGAUCUUAUAUCUCCUUGCUACUCUAAAGAUAACUCAAAGUUUCAAUAAAUAAAGAGUAUUUUGUAGUCAAGUAUCCAAUAGUUUUUUGUGUUGUUUUUAUGAUCACAGGUACAUAUUAAAAUAUUAUUUCUUUUUCAAAUUAAAAGCCUAUUUGAGGCAGGCAAAGUCAACAGAAAAAAGGUGAGAAUUAAAAUUUUUUACUGGGAAUUUCUCAUUUUGUAUUCAAACAGAUUGGUUUGUGUUUUCUUCAUCAUCGUUUUAUAUGGUAUCAAAUUUUUUUUGACAUUGUUUAAUUAGGAUUAUACCCAUUAAUACAAGGUGUGGGCUUCAUUUGAUAAUAUUGAAAUUAAAAGACGAAUUCAACUUUCCAAGAGAUAUGGAAUGUAACAGUAAUUUUUUUUUUAUCGAAUCGUCCCUCUUUCAAUAGGCAGUGCAACUGUUCUUAUUAUAUCAUCGCUUCUCUGAUGUAAGAGCAUAUUUCCACUUUUACUUAAGCACUGUAAAGCAUGGAGAAUGGAUAAUAAGGCUAAUCUCCAAAAGCAGUUUUGCCCUAACACCAGAGGAGCGACGUUGUUAUCUUUUCAUUUCACAUUAAUAAUAAGUUAUUUCAUUCCUUAUUGCAGUUUUACUAAAUCUUUUACUAAUUUAAAAUCAAGUUGAAAAAUGCAUAGAGCAUUUAUCAUCAUUUUAAAUUCAAAGAAUUAGGAGAAGAGAAACCUGGACCUUCUCUCAAAAUGACCUUUUGAGACUUGGUCCAAAUUUUUCGCACUAUUUAAGGACUUAGAGAUACAACCAAGUAUCUAAACUCCAAAAAUGUAUUACAUUUUACUGUUCGUCAAGAUAAAUUAAUUACUUCACAAUAAAACUAUCAGUCUUUUCCAGCAGGCACUAUGAAAGCACCCAUCCUAAUUUCACCUAAGGUGAUACUUAAAAUUUGUGGAUUGAUCCUUCUUGUUUGUUUUCCGUUGAUAAUUUUUCCUCUUCUUUCCUGUAAACAGAAUAAAUCAGCACACAGGUAAAAAUUCAGUUCAUAGUAAUUCGUUCAAGAAUAUUGACUGCUGACUAUUUGAGUAAAUGAGAAACAUGCUCAAUUUUUUUUCAUGACUGUUGUAAAAUAUGUUGAGAAGAGCUAACAAGUUGCCUAUAAAAUCAAAUUAAAUAAAUUUAAGUUAUGUAUA